AAAACUUUGGUUUAGAAUUUAACAUCAAAAGCUCAAAAAAUGCAAAAGAAGAAAAGAAGCAGCAGAUGCAUGUCAUUUCUUCAUCCAGUGGAUAGAGCGGUUUUGGAAUUAGAAUACAGCUAACUCUACAGACAUGGACCUCACACCAACCUCUAUUACUCCCCCCCCCCCCCCCCCGGCCCUCUCUCUCUCUCUCUCUCUCUCUCUCUCUCUCUCUCUAUAUAUAUAUAUAUAUACAUAUAUAUAUAUAUAUAUAUAUAUAUAUAUCAGUACCCAUCUUCUGCUUCAGUACUUCUUUGUAAACACACUGCAAUUCACUCACACUGUCUGCUCUGUAGCAAGAAUGGGCUAUGACAGGCUUGGGCCGUCCAACCCGGAAAGCUCACUGCCCGAUCCGACCUCGUCUCAACCAGAACAGCCGCCGCCGAUCCACCCGGCCCCAAGGCGAAAGCGCCGCCUCGUCCUCCUCUGCACCCUCUCCGCCUUCCUCAUCGUCGCCUCCGCCGUCUCCGCGGCGAUACUAAUUGGACCGCUGGCGAACCGGGCAUCCAGUGGAUCGGACCCGUCAAUCCGCCGACAGCCCACCAAGGCCAUUUCCAGGGCCUGCAGCCGAACCCGGUACCCGACUCUCUGCGUAGACUCACUCGUAGACUUCCCCGGGUCGCUGACCGCGUCGGAGCCGGACCUGGUCCACAUUUCCGUCAACCUCACUCUCAUGCGGUUCGGCAAGGCCCUGUACUCCGCGUCGGAGAUCAACAACCUCCCGAUGGACCCGAUGGUCCGGUCGGCGUUCGACGGCUGCCUCGAGCUCCUCGACGACUCCGUCGACCUGCUCGCGCGUUCGCUCGUCUCCGUCAGCGUUGGCUCCGGGUCUGGCGGAGGGUCCGCCGGCGACGUCGUGACGUGGCUGAGCGCGGCACUGACGAACCACGACACGUGUACGGACGGAUUCGACGGGCUGAGCGGGGCGGUGAGGGAUCGGAUGGCGGUGGGGCUGCGAGACCUGUCGGAGCUCGUGAGCAAUUGCCUGGCGAUCUUCUCAAGUUCGGGCGAGGACUUCUCGGGCGUGCCCGUGCAGAACAGGAGGAGGCUGAUGGGGGCCAAUGGGAAUGCGCCGCUCCCGGGUUGGUUGACCCGGGAGGAGAGGCGGCUCUUGGGCGCCCCCGUUCCGGCCAUACAGGCUGAUAUUGUGGUAUCGAAGGAGGGGAACGGAACGUAUCGGACUAUUUCGGAGGCGAUAAAGAAAGCGCCGGAGCACAGUGGUCGCCGGACGGUUAUAUAUGUGAAGGCCGGAAGGUACGAGGAGAGCAAUCUGAAGGUGGGGAGGAAGAAGACGAACCUGAUGUUUAUAGGGGACGGGAAGGGCAAAACGGUCAUUACGGGCGGCAAGAGUGUCGCUGACAAGCUCACAACCUUCCACACCGCCUCCUUCGCGGCGACCGGUGCUGGCUUCAUUGCACGAGAUAUGACGUUUGAGAAUUACGCCGGAGCGGGGAAGCACCAGGCGGUGGCUCUUCGAGUCGGCGCAGACCAUGCGGUGGUGUAUCGAUGCAGCAUCAUCGGGUACCAAGACACCCUCUACGUCCACUCGCAGCGCCAAUUCUUUCGCGAGUGCGACGUCUAUGGCACCGUCGACUUCAUUUUCGGCAACGCCGCCGUGGUGCUACAGAACUGCAGCAUCUACGCGCGAAAGCCCAUGGCCAUGCAGAAGAACACCAUCACCGCCCAAAACCGCAAGGACCCGAACCAGAACACCGGGAUCUCAAUCCACGCAUGUCGGAUCCUCGCCACGUCCGAUCUCGAGGCGUCCAAGGCUAGCUUCCCCACGUAUCUAGGCCGCCCAUGGAAGAUGUACUCGAGGACCGUGUACAUGUUAUCUUACAUGGGCGACCACAUUCACCCUAAGGGUUGGCUGGAGUGGAAUGACUCAUUUGCGCUGAGCACGUUGUAUUACGGUGAGUACCUGAACACCGGUCCAGGGGCGGCCCUAGGGCAGCGGGUCACGUGGCCGGGGUACCGAGUCAUCAACUCCACCGCCGAGGCCAACAAGUUCACUGUUGCACAGUUUAUAUACGGGUCGUCGUGGUUGCCUGCCACCGGAGUGGCGUUUCUCGCCGGAUUAUCGGUUUAAAUUAAAUUACACCAAUAAGUGGGUCCGAGGGUCUCUAUAGUUUCUUUGAUAAUUGACAUGUAUGAAAUUAAGUAUAGUUUUGCGUUCUAUUUUUUUUUUUUUUUUCAUAUUUAAUGUAAUAAUUGUUCCACUCAAAGAUGCCUUUCUGAAUUGAACACGCAAGGCGAACAGAGCAUAAGAUUGUAAUGGUACCAAAAAGAUGUAUAUGUGAGGGUAAUUGUGUAAUUAACUAAUUGCACUGGGGCAAGUUUGGAAUUUCA